CUCCAUCCCGCCCCACCCCCUCCCCCAUGUCACAUCUUCCCCAGAAUUAUGGAAAUUUUGUGGAGGACGCUGACUUGGACAUUGAGCCUGGUGGUCAUGGCUGCUUCUGAAUUUCAGAACGUCGAUCGGCUUUCACGCAACCCUCAAGAGGAGUUCCUGUCCUACCUGCAGCACUACCAGCUGACUGUCCCUGUCCGAGUCGAUGAGAACGGAGAGUUUCUGAGCUACACUGUGAAGCACCACCGGCCCGGCCGACGGCGACGCGGGGCGGCCGACCCCUUGGCGGGCUCGUACCAGGAGCCGCCCGAGUCCCAGCUUUUCUACAGACUCUUCGCCUACGGAAAGCACUUCCACCUAAACCUGACUCUCACACCUUACCUGGUUUCCAAGCACUUCACCGUGGAGUACUGGGGACGCGACGGCAUGGAGUGGCGCCACAAUUUGGUGGACAACUGCCACUACGUGGGAUUCUUGCAGAACCGGCGGAGCGCGACUCAGGUGGCGCUCAGCAACUGCAACGGCCUGCACGGUGUCAUCACGACAGAGGAAGAGCAGUAUUUAAUCGAGCCAUUGAAGAACACGUCCUCCCCCGCUAGCGACUGGAACCUGGAGGAGGCACAGCAACACGUUAUUUAUAAAAUGUCCGCCAUGCCCUCGGCGCAGGAACAGAGCCAGGAGUUGAGUUGCGGCAUUUCAGAUCUGGUCGAAAACAGUUCCCUCUCCCCAGUCCAAGCGUCCGCCGCCCCACAAGGUGAAGACACGGGCCGCAAUGACACCCGCCGAACGCGGCGCUCCAUCAGCACUGAGCGUUUCGUGGAGACGCUGGUGGUGGCCGACAAGAUGAUGGUCGGCUACCACGGCCGCAAAGACAUCGAGCACUACAUCCUGUCCGUCAUGAAUAUUGUUGCCAAACUUUACCGUGAUGCCAGUCUAGGAAAUGUUGUGAACAUUAUCGUGACGCGGCUCAUCGUUCUGACCGAAGAUCAGCCCAACUUGGAGAUCAACCAUCACGCUGACAAGUCCUUGGACAGCUUCUGCAAGUGGCAAAAGUCCAUCCUGUCCCACCACAGCGACGGCGGCAACAGCAUUCCGGAGAACGGGAUGGCUCACCACGACAACGCUGUGCUCAUCACACGGUAUGACAUCUGCACCUACAAGAACAAACCCUGUGGAACGUUAGGCUUGGCCUCGGUGGCGGGAAUGUGCGAGCCAGAGCGCAGCUGCAGCAUCAACGAAGACAUCGGCCUCGGCUCGGCUUUCACCAUCGCGCACGAGAUCGGCCACAACUUCGGCAUGAACCACGACGGCAUCGGCAACUCGUGCGGCACCAAAGGCCACGAGACGGCCAAGCUGAUGGCGGCGCACAUCACGGCCAACACCAACCCGUUCUCCUGGUCGGCCUGCAGCAAAGACUACAUCACCAGCUUUCUCGACUCAGGUCGGGGGACGUGUCUGGACAAUGAACCUCUGAAACGAGACUUCCUGUACCCAACAGUGGCUCCGGGGCAGGUGUACGACGCCGACGAGCAGUGCCGCUUCCAGUACGGGGCGUCCUCGCGUCAGUGCAAGUAUGGGGAAGUGUGUAGAGAGCUCUGGUGCCUUAGCAAAAGCAACCGUUGCGUUACAAACAGUAUUCCUGCCGCCGAGGGAACGCUGUGCCAGACGGGGAGCAUCGAUAAAGGGUGGUGCUACCAGGGCGAAUGCGUGGCGUUCGGGACCCGGCCGCAGAGCGAGGACGGAGGCUGGGGCGCCUGGUCCGCCUGGGGGGAGUGCAGCAGGACGUGCGGCGGCGGCGUCUCCUCGUCAGUGAGGCACUGUGACAGCCCAGCGCCUUCCGGAGGAGGGAAGUACUGCCUCGGGGAAAGGAAGCGCUACAGAUCCUGCAACACCGCUGCCUGCCCCUCGGGAUCGCGCGACUUCCGGGAGAAGCAGUGCGGCGACUUCGACGGCCUGCCUUUCCGUGGGAAGUACUACAACUGGAAGCCUUACUCCGGGGGCGGCGUCAAGGCGUGCGCCCUCAACUGCCUGGCAGAGGGAUACAACUUCUACACCGAACGCUCUCCGGCCGUCAUCGACGGCACGCGAUGCCAGGCCGACUCCUUGGACAUAUGCAUCAACGGCGAGUGUAAGCACGUGGGCUGCGACAACGUGCUGGCGUCAGACGCCAAGGAGGAUCGGUGUCGAGUGUGCGGCGGCGACGGCAGCACCUGCGAGGCCACCGAGGGACUCUUCAACGAUUCGCUGCCCCGAGGAGGCUACAUGGAGGUCGUCCGUAUCCCCAAAGGUUCUGUUCACAUCGAAAUUCAAGAGGUCACCGUGUCGAAGAACUACAUCGCUUUGAAAUCCGAGGGGGACGAUUAUUACAUCAACGGCGCGUGGACCAUCGACUGGCCGAGGAAGUUCGACAUCGCCGGCACCGCCUUUCACUACAAGAGGCCCACCGACGAGCCCGAGACUCUGGAGGCCCUCGGGGCCACCGCCGAGAACCUGGUUGUCAUGGUAACGCUUCCGUCGCCCAGUCAAAUUGGCGUCUGGUUUAGCGGCGACCAAACGUGCCGGCUUUUCUCCCACCUGCAGAUCCUCCUCCAGGAACAGAACCAGGGCAUCCGCUACAAGUUCAACGUGCCCAUCCAGCGCACGGGAAGUGGCGACAACGAGGUGGGCUUCUCCUGGUACCACCUGCCUUGGUCCGAGUGCUCGGCAACCUGCGCCGGGGGCUCCCAGAAGCAGGAGGUGGUGUGCAAGCGGCUGGACGACAACUCGGUGGUCCAAAACAGCUACUGCGACCCGGACGCGAAGCCCCCCGAGAACCAGCGGGACUGCAACGCCGAGCCGUGCCCGCCGGAGUGGUUCAUCGGCGACUGGUCCGAAUGCGGUAAGAGCUGCGACGGCGGCGUCCGAACCAGGACGGUCCUGUGCGUCAGGAAGACCGGACCGGCCCAGGAGGAGACCCUGGAGGACACCCACUGUCUUACCCACAGACCCAUCGAGCAGGAGGCAUGCAACAACCAGUCCUGCCCGCCCAAGUGGGUCACUCUGGACUGGUCCGAGUGUACACCCAAAUGCGGGCCCGGGUUCAAGCACCGCAUCGCCUUGUGCAAGAGCAGCGACCUGACCAAAACCUUCCCGCCCGCCUACUGCCCGAGCCACAACAAGCCGCCGGUUCGAAUCCGCUGCAGCCUCGGCCGCUGCCCUCCCCCGCGCUGGAUCCCCGGCGAAUGGGGGCAGUGCUCGGCGCAGUGCGGCUUGGGCCAGCAGAUGCGGACGGUGCAGUGCUUGUCCUACACCGGGCAGCCGUCCAGCGAGUGCGCCGAGACCCUCCGGCCAGCCGCCAUGCAGCAGUGCGAGAGCAAGUGCGACGCCACGCCCGUCUCCAACGCCGACGAGUGCAAGGACGUCAACAAAGUGGCCUACUGCCCGCUGGUGCUCAAGUUCAAGUUCUGCAGUCGGGCCUACUUCCGCCAGAUGUGCUGCAAGACGUGUCAGGGCCACUGAGGCCCGCGUAGAGACCCGAUGCCGCAGCCCGGGAAGAGAGCGACGGCGCCGCCUGUUGCCGGGGUGCCCCGGCGACCCUUCGCCGCUGGCCCGAGGGCCGAACCGCUGCUCAGCCGUCGCGCUGACUCAAAAAAACUGUUCACUUCUGUGAAGUGGAACUCGGAGGAGGAUCGGUUGGUGAUGUUAUUUUAUUAUAAUAAUAAUUCCCUGGUAUCAUUGUCGCGUUUUCCUCCGAGUUGCUGUUCGAUCCAAAGUGCUGGACACGUGACUGACAAGAAGACAGACGGACGGACGGACGCCGUCACCGGGCGGACUUCUGGCUUGGCUGCGCUGUUUUCGUGUAAAUACUCAACCGCAGAGGAGAUGCGACAGAGCGCAGCAAGCCCCGCCCCUCCCAUUCAUCAACGUACUGUGUAUUUAUUAUACAAGAGUAAUAUUGUAGCCUACUGUCUUGGAAGCGAAUGUAACGUGAUUGGACUAAAACGCCGACAUACCGUAAGCGGGCUGUUUCCCGACCUUUAUUGACCCAAGGUGCAAAAUAACCCCCCCCCCCAAAAAUAAAUAAAAUAAAUAAAAAAUCUCACAGCACACCCACGAAACGCAAAAAGUAAGUUUAGGAUGGGGGACUUGGGCGAUAUUCCAAAUCGGGAAACUUUCCGUGGGAAUUAACGGCAGACAUCCGUGCAAAAUAGCCGACCUUGGCAAGAUCGCAGGACUGGAACUUUAGAACAUUUUGAGCCACCUUUCAACACCCACAGAAGAUUUUACGUGACGAUCCAAACACCAAAUCAGUAGAGGGGGGGG